AUGGCUAUUUCGGAAAAGAAGUGUCUUUUUAUUCGUGUGGCAUUGUAUUUGCUCUUCAUUGCGGCAUACGCGGCGGGUGUUGUUGUAUUUAUAAUAAGCUUCAGUAAUUAUUGGGCGGCGGCUGGCUUUUUUCUGGCCUGCAUUUUUAUUGCAAUAACGACCGUGCUGUACGUUGUCCCGGACAAAAGAUUGACUGCGCGCCUUCCUCCUGGAAGCUUGAGCCGUAUUAUUUUUCAGUCGACCAUUCUGAUUGGCACCUUGGGGCUUUUUGCUGUUGCUCUCUAUCUGCUGGCCCAAGGCAUUAUGCUGAAGCAGCGCUGGACGGGGAGUUCGUACUUCUGCUCAUUUAUUGCCUUCAUGAUGGCCGCAAAGUGGUUCUAUUUUAUUGGAUAUCGCGUGCACGGGUUGCGCAAUGACACACGGACGAUCGGCAAGGCUGAUCCUGAGGAAAUUAAGAAAUUCUUUGAGGAGGUUCCAGACGCCUGGUCCAACGAAAAGAACGCAGAUAUUAUGUAA